UAAUUUAAAUCACAUAUGCAUAGAGAGAAACGAUUAGAGCAAGAGCGAGUGCUUCUUUCUCAACAAAUGGCGAGCCUUGAAGAAGAAUUGGCCAAGAGGACCUCUGAACUUCAGACGGCAAGAUCCGAAGCCUCUGCCAGAGCUCUUUUAAUUGACACCAAGUUAUCACAACGUGAAGAAGAACUGAGAAUAGCUAAUGAAACCAAUUCUCAAUUACGAGAAUCUGUUUCUUCUCUUCAAAAACAAUGUGAUGAACUAGCUCAGAAAGUGGAACAACAGAGAACCCAUGAAAUUGCUAUAAAUGAUUCCUAUCAAAAAGAAAUUAAUGCACAAAAGAAUCUAACUAAUUUAUAUGAAUCGAUGAAGGAUGAUGCUAAUGCCAAGGCUGAGGAAAUUUCUAAUGCAGCGAGCGAGCUACAAAAACUUGUAGACAGCACUGCAGAAGAAUAUGGCACUUUAGAGACAAAGUACAAUCAACUAUUACUUCAGCACAAGCAAGAUAUUGAUAACAAGGAACAAAGUAUCCAGGAAUUGACAAAAGAGUUGGAACAUGCUAAUGAAUUACUAAAGAAUAUUCAACAAGAGAAAUUGAAUCAAGCUGUAGAACAGUUAGCACCUACAGCAGCUAUAACCAGUCGAGUGUUACGAAGAGGUUUAAGUCUCACGCAAAUUUAUACUCAACUAGUUGAAGUCUCUAAUGAAUUGACUUUGGAAAGAGAAGAAAAUGAACGUUUGAAAUCUCAAAUGGAUGUAAUUCUUCAUGAGUUGGAGCAGAAAGCGCCAUUAGUACAACAACAACGUCAAGAUUAUGAAGUGGCUAUGGCGAAUAUCGCAACGCUGACAAGCAGAUUGGACGAACUUCUCAUAGAGAAUCAACGACUUCACGAAAAUUCUGACGAAACUAACCAUCUUAUCAAGCAUCAUAGUACAGAAAAUCAAAGGCUGAAAACUGAAUUGGCUGACUUGGCUAGACAAGUCUGUUAUUUGCUUAAAGAAGUUCAAGAAAGUCGUACUGGUAUUCGUGUAGAAACCAGAGAUUUAUCUUCUUCUAUAGACACUGAUGACAUUUUGUCAUCGCAGAUUAUCAGCAAGAAAUUAGUGACUUUUAAAGACAUUGAGGAAUUGCAGGAGAACAAUCAAAAACUCUUAGCAGUUGUUCGCGCAUUGUCAUCCAAACAAGAGGAAAUUGAACGAGCUACUGAUGAAAUAAAUUCAGGCGAAAUGAAAGAGAAGCUUGAUCGUUAUAUGGAACAGUUGACAGAAAUGCAAGCUGCGCAAGAAAGACAAUCAAAGAUGUUGGAUGGUCUUUUGAAGCAGAGAGACAUGUACAAGAAUAUGUAUCAACAAAUAAAAAAUUCCAAUGAAAAGAGAAAGGAGGAAAUAGGAAAGGAUAUCGAAGCGUCCAAACUAGAAGAGGAAUCCAAAAUAGUGAAAAAUGAUGAAGAAAAGCAAGAUUUAUCCAAAAAGUUAAAAGAGACUGAGGAUAAAUGUAAACAUAUUUCAGAUGAAUAUGAAAUAUAUCGAAAAGAACGAACCGCGCAUGAAAAGAUGUUAAGUGAAGAAGUUGAAAGACUCAGGAAAGAGGCAGAAGCAAAUUCAGCGAGAUGUUGUAGAUUGAGAGCGCAGUUGGAUUCGGCAAACGAAAGAUUCACGCUUUUACAAGGAAAUGUUGCUUCUUACAAGUCCCAAAUCAAAACACUUGAAGAGAAAUGCACUAAUUACAGUGUCACCAUUAGCAAACAUGAACAAAGUAUUAUGAUUUUAAAAGAUGAAACACUUGCAGCUCAAACUCGUUUAUCACGAGCGGAAGUUCAACUAGAGAACCUUCGUCAAGAACGCCAACUUCUGCGAGAUUCUGAGGGACGUCUUCUAAAAGAACGAGAGAUUUAUCAAAGAGAAAGACAAACUCAAGCUUUACUUAAAGCAGAUAUGGAGUCUAUUAAGGCUAGUUUAGAGCGAGUCCAGGCUGAAGGACAACUAAGAGCCGAGCACAGACUCGAUGACGCCAAUAGAGAGUGUGCGGCUCUUCGACGCCGUCUUCAGGAAGAACAAGAUCGUUUCAGAGAAUUGGCAGGUCAUUUAGAGAGACAGUUAGCAACCGUUCAGGAGAGAUUAAAAGAGGAACGUGAGUUGAAUGAAAGAUUAAAAACGGAGCUGGAUCAAGCAAGAGAAAUUGAAGCUCAAAACAGUCAAAAAAUUGAUCAAUUAAACAAUAAACUGAGACAAGUAGCCGCCCAUUCCAUUGCUAAGCCCUUGACGGGUGAUGAAGGUCUCGUGAAGAAAGUAAAGGAAUUGGAGAUGCAACUGAGCGCCUCUGAAGUCGAAGCAAAGUCACUCUCUGAACAAUUAAAGGCAGCUAGACAACAGAGUCAACAAUAUUGCGACAUUGCUGAAAGCGCUGAAACACAACUAAGAGAAUUAACAGUCGAAUAUAACAAGUGUAAAGAAGAACUAGAGAACGCUCUGAAAGAAUCGCGAGUAGAGGUUAUUUCAUUACAGAAAAGGGUGAAGGAACUGGGUGAUGAUUUGGCGAAGAUGUCAAAUGGUAAACAAGAAACCGAUUCAGAAUUAAGAGAUAGAUUGGCUGAGGCCAAUAGAAAGCUCGAAGAAUUGGAUGAAUUAAAAGUUGAAUUGGAAUUGUUAAGAAACGAUCUAAAAUCUGUCUCUGUCACGGCCAAAGAAGCAGAAGACAAAUAUACUAAAGAAAUGAUGCAACAUUCAUCUGAUUUACAGAUUUUGGCAAAACUGAAAGAAGAAGCUCAGCAAGUUCAACAGCGACUUGACAUUCUGACUCAAGAACGAAAUGCAGCAGUAGAAGCUCUCGAAAUUGAGAAAUCAGCCUCGAAACAAAGAGAACAGAAAUUCAUGAACGAGCUCAAUGAAGCCCAAACAAGAAUCACAGAUCUGGAUACUCAAAAUGUACUUUUACACAAUCAGAUUCAGGAAUUGGGUGAUCGAAUAGCCAUCAUGCAGAGUCAACAAACCAAAAUAAGUGGAAGAGAUAGUCCUGAUACGAGUCUGGAAAUUCUAAAUAAGAGUUUCUCCUCUUUGGAAGAAAAUUCUAAUUCAAUUGAACAGUUGUUGAAAGUUAUGAAGUAUUUAAGAAGAGAGAAGGACUUGGCUUUAGCCAAAUCUGAUGUUCUUCGAGCUGAAAAUCUUAGAUUGAAAUCACAAAUCGAAGUAAUGGGGAAACGGUUAAAAGAAACCGAAAUUUUGCUCAAUUCUGAGCGAGAGAAAGCUGAGAUUGAUAUAAGGACUACAUCCAAGCAUGCAGAAUUAUUGCGCAAAGUAGAGACCUUAAAUGCCAUCACAGAUUCUAAUCGAAUUCUCAGAGAAGAAAGAGAUAAUCUGAGUAUGAAAGUUAACGAACUAACAGCUAAAGUAAAUGCUUUAUCAGAAGAAGUAAUACCUCUUCGAGACAUAUCCAGAGAUUUAACAGCUAAAACUGAAGCUUUAACAGAAGAAAACAAUAGUUUGAAAGGCGAGGCAACCAGAUGGAGACAAAGAGCGAAUACAUUACUGGAACGAGCGAAUAAAGCCAGUCCUGAAGACUGGCGACGACUUCAAACUGAAAGAGAAAACCUGAGCAAGUUAUUAACAUCCGAAAGAGAAACUUAUGCAAAAAAAAUUGAAGAAUUUAAUCAGAUGAAAACAGAGAAAGUAAAACUCGAGGAACAGCUGACACAAUUACAAAAACAGAUACAAACCCAAGAUGAACAAAUGUCACGAGCAUCAGAAGAAGCUCGCAAAUUAGGUCAAGAUCUUAAUGAGGCAUUAGCUGAUUCUUCUUCAAAGGCAAAGGAUUUGAUAUCUCUUAAAAAGGAACUUGGUGAAAAAGAGGUCAUUCUUAAUGAUAUUAGAAAUAAGGAAAUUCAGAUACGCAAAAUAGCUAAGAAAUAUAAAACACAAUUUGAGGAACUUGCGAGAACCGUCGAGGAAGAAAAAAAUCGCAGUGAAGAAACUAGAAACGAGGGCACUUCUGGUAUAACAACGCAGGAACGAGAAGAUCAAUUGCGAGAAGAAGGUCGCCAAGAGCUCCGUCAAGCGAAUACAGAACUCAUAACGAAAAUAGAUGACUUAACUCGUCAAAUGACAGCGGCUCAAAGUGAGACCGAUAAUUUGAGAAAGGAAAUUGAGGCUAUGAACCGUAAUAGUGUAGAGAAGGAGGAGAGGGCAAAACAAGUUCUUAAGGGAGCCAGAACGAAAAUUAUGCAGCUGACCGAAUCGAAGAAAGUAUGCGAAAAAGAAUUAUUAGAUUUAAAAUCCAGAAUAGAGUCCGUAGGAAGCAAUACAGGAGUUCAAGGAGAUUCUGAUACUGAACAUGACGCGCGAUUAGUAGCACUGAAAUCACAGAUGGAAGGUCGUAUUUCUAGAUUGGAACAUGAGAAAUCAGAGAUACAGGCUGAGAAAGAAGCGCUUUUGCUGCGAGUUACUCAACUCCAGAGGCAAUUGUCAGGAGUGAGUGCUAUAAGCGCGACUACGGAACCACCGACAGCAAAUAUUAAACCGAUGUCAGCCAGGGCAGAAACACCACUGGCCAGUAUCAGACCAAUGAGCGUGGUAGUUCAAUCGCGAACGGCUGCCGUUUUACCGACUACAGCUGGUGCACCAGUUAUGGUUGCUCCACAUCAAAUGCAGCAACAGGUAGUGCAUACUACAGAGACGAGUUCACCGACUAGCAGUCUUACCGACUUCCAACCGGCUAGUACUAGUAGUUCUUCGCAAAGUGCACAAACUAGCAGUCUACGCCAGUUGGUGGUACAACCUCAACUAAGUGAAUCAGCGGAAUCGACGCAGAGAGAAGAUCCAGAAAGUGCGGAAACACUUAAUUUGCAGCCGCAACAGCAACAAUGUCAGCAACAACAACAACAGCAGCAACAGACUGUUGCAUUAGUAAGCCCCAGAGUGGAACAGCAACAACAACAGCAACAGAUCACUAUCAGUGAUCAACAGCAGACUGUAGCAAGCAGCUCUACACAAUCAGUCAGUACUUCUCAAGCUUCCACAGGACUUAAAAGAUCCCGAGGCUUAGACUCAACUGCUUCCGGUUCGGGAAUAAUUGAAGGAUUGGAUCACGGACGUCAGGAGCAAGUGCAGAGUCCAAAAACUAAAAGAAGUAGACAGGACAUUAGUGCAACUGCAAGUGCCAGCGCUUCGGAAGUGGAGUAUCAAGUACCCACAUCAAGUCAGAGAGAUCAAGAUGAAGAAGUAGAAGAGGGUUGUGUAGUAGUAGUAGACUGUGAUGAGGGUGAAGGUGGAGGCAAUCAUCAAACCCAGGAAGAAGAAGAAUUUGACAAUGAUCCGUACGAAGAAAUGGAGGAAGAAGAAGAAAUGCCCUAUGAAGUGGAAGUUGAAGUUGAACGAGACAACAACGAGGUAGAAAUUAUCAUGGAGGAGGAUUCUACCAGUGUUGAAAUCCCUAGACAAGGUCAAGCCACUAUUCCUGCCAAUCAGCAACAAUCUGAAGCCAUUAGCAGCGCUGGACCAACAGGCGAGCCUCCCACGUCUUUUACAACAAGAUCAUCUAGAGGCAUUGCACCUAUGCCUAGACAACAGCAACAGCAACAUCUUCUUUUGCCACAACAAGGUUACGAGGAUGGUGGCGACGAUUGCAUCGUACCAAGCACACCUACUCUCUUCGUUCCUCGUCGCGACGGUUUUGGUGAAGCUGUUAGCUCUCCGCAGGUGCCACAAGGUCGUUUCACUUUUGGAGAUUCUUCGACACCUACAACCGCUUCUUCAACGCCAUCCUUGACAACACCUACAGGCUGUACUACUAGAAUCUUUGGUUCAACUGCUUCUGCCGUGGUUCAGGUUGUCCAAGAAAGCCUAGAGGACAACAGAAUUGAUUUGACACAACUGGAAGAUGGUGGAACUGGUCGUAGUGUUCCUACCACGCCGCUUCAAGUUUCUCCAGCUGCAGAUUUGCCUCCUUCGACCAGUAGCCAAUCUGAAGAACAAGAGACAACUGUGGCCCCUGUUGCUGUAACAGCCACUUCCGGAGAUAAUUCCGAAGAAACUAACAUUCCCAGUAUUCGCAUUGUCGGUGCAGAUGACCAACAACAUGGUCAUCUAACUGAAGCCACAGAAUCUACAACUCCAAGCGAAGGUGUGAGUUUGGAAAGUGAAAAACGAGGGGAAGAACCGGUUGCUUUAGCAUCCGGGGAAGAUGACACCGUAGACACGGUAGAAGCGACAGAAGAAGCAGGAAACGAACUUGCUGAAGACGAAGUUGAAGAGGAAAAUCGCGAAGCAGAGGCCUCGCCAUCCAGUAAUACUCGUCAAAGAACAAUGGCAGCGAGUCUAGCAGCCGCAGGCGAUUCUAAUAGUGCCAGAGGAGUAACAGUGAGAAGAUCACCGAGGUCACCCUUCAGGGCGGCAAGAGGCGCGAGGCCUACUCCAAUUGUGUGGGGAGAAACCCAGUCGGGUAGAGGACAACCUGUGAUGCGAGGACAUGCAACUAGAGGGUCUACCAAUGAAGGGGGACGAGGACGAGGGGCGCGAGGCCGACGAAUGCGCUCGAAAUAUCCUUAUGCUCGAUAUUCGUAAUGUUGGACAUCAUCUUCUGUGUUUUGUGUAUGUUUUUAUUCGUCAAAUAGAUUGUAAUGUCGAUUUAUGUUAAACAAGAAUAAAAGAAAU